CUCGGCAGCAAGACUUUGCGAAGAAGGCGUUGAUCGUGAAGAAGGUUCAGGAAGGGUGCAAAAAAAUACGGCAGUGUCCCCAUUGCAGUUGUUGGAACGGAGCGGUGAAGAAAUCUAAUGGCAUUCCUCUGGCUUUCAAACACGAGAGAUUCGGCAAUCCGAAAAUCCUGAAGGAAUUGCCCAUAGACAACUUCAUCCUAGCGGACUCGGUUCAUGACUUAUUAUGCUGGCCAUGAAGAUCAAGAUGAGUGAUUUAAAUAUAGUAGUUCUUACCCUUCGACCUCAACUUCCUCAACUUGAACAAAUAUCAGGCUAUUUAGAUGGGUUUAGAAGCACUAAAAUAUUCACAUUUUUAUCCAUAGUUGUAAUGGUCAUACAGAUGCUGAUCCUGAUGUUGCUCUAGAAUUAGAGAAAUUAGAAUCAGUAAAAGUGGUACGAUCAAUAUGCUCUUUGGUAUUAGCAGGCCUAGUACCAUUGGUUUAUUUGGUACUAAUGGUAAUGCUAGAGUAGCAUCCCAAUGUUGGGACGAUCCCAACGGACGAGUAAGUUGUAAUUACUUACUUACUUACUACUGGUGGUGCUUCUAGAACUAGUCUACUUCUAGAACUAGUCUAGUGGACUAAAUCUUCUAAUACCCCUUUACUACUGGUUCUGUUUCGACAUGAUCUAGAUCUAGCACUUAAUACGACUCGUAGAUUCAUCUAGUUCGGCAUGAUCUACAUCUAGUCCUAGAAGUCCUAGGACCUUAGAUCUAGUCCUACUAGGACUGUCCUAGUCUUAGUAUCUUCUCUAAUCUCAGCAGCAAAUGCGGAAGGCGGCAACACGGUAUUGGCAGACCUGUUGGUGGCACGCAAAGUGGCUAAUAAGAACUUGAAGGCUGGCACGAGUGCAGGUCGUUCCAAAAUUGUAGUCAAGAACGUUGGCGAAGUUGCAGCAGGAUUAGUUUUAUGGAUGUUGUUCGGUGACUUCUACAUAUUCGAUUUUUGAAUAAUCGUCUAGAAACAGCAACAUUGAUUUUUGAAUAAAUCAAGGAUAUUAAGGAAAUCCACAACUGCGUACUACCACUAAGAGUGCACUUGUUGUGUGGUCGUGAAUGACAUUGGAUGAGACCGAAAUAAGCAAAUGUAUGUAUGAGUCGACUGACAUAAAUGAUAAAAAAGGUCGUAAAGAGCACGAAGACGACGCUCUACUCCAGCAGUUUCUCAUUGUCAUAUCUCUCUUCUCCCAACUCGCUGAUUUGCAACAUCAUAAAAUUCGUACACUCUAAUCCUUGGUGGCACAACAACUGAUGCUUCUGAAGGCGGAAGCUUUCAAGUGGGUGGCAGCUCUGCGUCGAAUGCGGGAGAGCAGAACGUUCUCGACCGCACUAACGAAGGAAACUUCAAUGUUAAGAUUUCGUCUUUGGAAGAAUUGGAGUAAUCCAUCGUAUUAAUGUGAAUCAUUAUUGUAUUGUGAACCUACUUUAUCUUCAUUCAAAAUCCAUCUCUCACUGUGAUCGUCCUACUCAGAUUAUCCGACAUCUCCUUACAUUCUCAUUCAAGUGCAAAACUCCAUGCAGAUGUACUCCAUUGUGCGAAAUUAUCAUAUUCAGAAUAUGGCGCGUAUCUCGACAGCAUUAUCGAUCCUAUUCUUCAAUCCAAUUUUUAUAUUCACGCUUCUGCCAGAGGUGGUCGAUAUAUGUGAAGGUGGGUCUUCCCACCUCCACUUGUAACCACAGAAGUUCUGCCCACCUCCACCACGUCCACCAAACCUGUCCUCCAACUCCUCUUCUAAUCCACUUCUCUCCGCGAAUACACAAGAAGAUUUGACGCCUUUGCUGUUGUUCAACCUCUGCCAGAACAUGUCUCCCAUGGACUGCUUUUUGCUGAAUAUCGAACGUCCCUGCAGUCUUUUCCUGACCUCCCAGCCGGUGCCGCCGGGUCCCAUAAGACCUACUGUCAAUGCAGGAAAUUGCACUUAUGUUGGCAGGGUUUCAAUUUUUUACUUUUAAACACACGCGCUUCUAAGGUAAACAAGAAGUGCAAGGGUCUUGGUUUCGACGAGGUAAUUAAUACCUCGUUUCACUUUCACUACGUGAUAAUGAUUAAAGUGAAACAAGUCUUUCUCGGCAGAUUCAGAAGGGUACUACAUUCACUGAGAGGUUGAUGUUUCUUGAAGGUGUUACUCGUGCGACGUAAUUGCUUACUUCUACUUCUACGUCGAUUUCAAUGUCUUUUUCUAAUGCCCCAACGACGACGAUUUGACACAUCAAAUCGGCAAGAUUUUUUACGGCGACAGCAUAAUCCGUGGAGACAUGAAGGAUGGGACUUCUCCGACUGUGCACAUCUACGAUCUGUGGCGUGACGUGCAAACCGAGUGCGCCAGAAGCGUCAACUCGACUGUCGCUGGCUUGCCACAGGAGACACGCUUUCGAAUGGGCGAAAACAAGAAGCAGAUCCGAUCCGUGGCUAGUCGCUUGAAAGGGAAGGAAGGACGAUUUCGCGGAAACUUGAUGGGUAAGCGAGUAGAUUACUCAGGGAGAACAGUCAUUUCGCCAGACCCAAAUGUGGAAGUGGAUGAAAUUGUGAUACCGGAACAUGUCGCGAAGAAGAUCACUUAUCCGGAAAGAGUAACGGAUCGGAAUAUUUCGGAAUUGCGUAAAACCAUUGUAAAUGGAGUCGAAAAACAUCCGGG